AUGUCACUGAUAACUAUCGACCGCUCUUUGUUUGCGCAUUCCUCCGUAAGCUCUAGUUCCUCAGCAAGUUAUUGUCAGGACUCCGACAAGGCAGCUAACGUUCAGGAUGCGCUUGAAAAUUCAUCAAAGAGCAGGCUGUACGUUUGCAAACCGAAUAUCCUCGACCUCAUCGACACCGAUACUGUUGUGUCAUUUCCACAAAUG